UGUUUUGCUGCAGUGCAGUUUCUCUUCAUUUGACGGUUUUAGGGUGAUAAUGGAAAUUUUACAGUAUGGAGUUCUGCUGAUGAUUAUGUCAGCUGUUAGUGGUCAGUCUUUGACCUCCUCAGACUCUGUGGUGAAAAAGCCUGGAGAAUCAGUGACUCUGUCCUGCACUGUGUCUGGAUUCUCAAUGAGCAGCUACUGGAUGGGCUGGAUCCGUCAGAAACCAGGGAAAGCACUGGAGUAUAUUGGGCGUAUUGAUGGUGGCACUAGCACUGUUUUUGCUCAGUCUCUACAAGGCCAAUUCUCCAUCACAAAAGACACCAGCAAAAACAUGCUGUACUUGGAGAUAAAAAGUCUGAAAACUGAAGACACGGCUGUUUAUUACUGUGCUCGUAAAUCUUCUCGUUGUGACGGUGCCUUUGACUACUGGGGAAAGGGAACAACGGUGACUGUAACAUCAGGUGAGCCACCUGAGCCAGAGACAGGCUUUGCUCUGGACUGCAAUAAAGAUGUUCUGGAGGAGGAUGAGCUCAGAAGUCUCUGGUCCACUGCCACCUCAUUCAUCUUCCUCUUCCUCUUUUCUCUGACCUACAGCGCUGUGCUCAGCUUCUUCAAGUGUGACUAUGCUUUUGACUACUGGGGGAAAGGAACCAUGGUCACUGUCUCGUCAGCCCAACGGUUUUCGCCUAAAACAUACACGUUUAAGUGGUCUCUGGAUGGUAAGGAGGUGACAAAAGCGAUAGACAAAUGUGACAAAAGUGAGAAGAAAGGCUCAGUAACCGAAUAUAGUGCCACAAGCAUUUUGCAAAUCAGUGCCGAUGACUGGAAGAAGCCAAACAGCAAAGUUAAGUGUGAGUUCGUGCACAAGGCGGGAAAUGAAGAAAGAGAGGCCGAAUAUGCAGUUCCUUUUCAAGAUUGCAGCGAUAUUGCUGUUGAUAUAGUGGCUCCCUCCCUUGAAGCCAUGCUGAAAAAUAGAGAAGGAGUGCUGAAGUGCAAAGCUUCAGCAGACAAUUCAGGAUUCACCAAAAUAACAAUAACAGCGAAUAAUAAUGACAUCGCUGAGAAACCAGUAGAGGGCAACGACAAACAUGUGGAACUUGACGCCCCAAUAGGCUAUGAAGAAUGGAGCAACGGCACUGAAUUUACAUGCACCGUUGAACACAACGAGCUAGCAGAGCCCAAGUCGACUAAGUUCGUCAGAGAAAAUGGUAAAAACCCCAAGAAACCCACUGUUUUCAUAUUAGCACCCCCAGAGCACAAACCGGGUGAACCGAUGACCCUGACAUGUUAUGUGAAGGACUUCUACCCCAAAGAGGUGUUUGUGUCUUGGCUUGCUGAUGAUGAACCUGUGACUUCUAAAUACAGCACUAGCCUGCCAAUUCAGAAAGAUCAAAUCUUCUCAGUCUACAGUCAGCUAACAGUUAAUGAUUCCAAGUGGAAGAAUGCAAUACGCGUCUAUAAGCCUACUAUUGCUCUGCUGAGUAGAGAGGACGGUGACAGGAUUGUGUUGGAGUGCCAGUUGAAUGAUUAUUUCCCAGACAAACUUACUGUACAAUGGCUUGAGGGUAUUAAUUCUGUCAAAGGUCAAAUUGAUAAAAAGCUUCAGAACACUGAUAAAGGUGAGAAAAAGUACACUUACGUAAGUCGGCUAUCUAUCAGUGCCCCAUAUGAAGACAAAAAGUACACUUGUAAAGCAACGCACAACUCUGAAGAGUUCAAGAAAGAAUAUAACACGUGCAUGGAAAAGUCUUUGUUCAAACCUUCAGUCCAAGUAAAGAAAUCCCAUCUCAGAGACAUUAUACAGGGGAGUCAGGUCACAAUUUCCUGUGUUGUUAAAGCACCAGACAAUACUGAAGUGUCAUGGUUGAUAAACAGUAUAAGUAGAAAAGGCACCACAGAACAUAAAGACCCGUCCAUUAAUAACAUUGUGAGCAACUUGACUUUGUCCAGACAAGAGUUGACUCAUAGCACCAUUGUUUGUACCGCUAAACAUCCAUGUUUCAAAUUAGAGAAGGUGGAAAUUAAAGCUGAUGAUAUAAAGAAAGAUCCUGUGGUGGUGAUCAGGAGACCUUUCGUGAAAUCAAUGCAGGCAGCCAGUGCUGUGCUGGAGUGUGUUGUAAAUGGUCUUCCCUCUGGUGAGGUCUGCAUCAUCUUCCAGUCCGAUGAUAUUUCAGUCUCAGGUUUAAAUUGUGUGGAUUGGGCCCCUUCUGAAAACAUUUGGUCCUUGAUCAUACAUUUUACAAUACCUAGUGAGCACCAGAAGAAUGGAAAAACCUUUACCUGUGCAGUUCAUAGGCUCUCCAAAUCCUGGCAAUCCAAACCUACUGGAAACAUUUUUGGCGAUCCUACCAUAGAGCUUGCUGUUGUUCCCAGUGUGAGUCGAUCUAGUUUAGACCCACAGAAGCUGCUGUGUUCUGCGACAGGAUUCGACCCGAAAAUCAAGUGGCUUUCAGUAUCUGACGAGAAAACUGGGAGAGCUUUAGAUGCUGCAAUGAUGGAAGAUGGACGUGUGAAAGUGUUCAGUGAGAUACUGGUGACACAGCAAGAGUGGAAUCAAGGGAUCACUUGUCAAGCUAAAACUAAAACUGCAACUGCUAAGAAAAGCGCCAGUAUUUGCACAGAAACGUCUUUCUUCAAACCUUCAAUCCAAGUAAAGAAAUCUCAUCUCAGAGAUAUUAUACAGGGGAGUCAGGUCACAAUUUCCUGUGUUGUUAAAGCACCAGACAACACUGAAGUGUCAUGGUUGAUAAACAGUAUAAGUAGAAAAGGCACCACAGAACAUAAAGACCCGUCCAUUAAUAACAUUGUGAGCAACUUGACUUUGUCCAGACAAGAGUUGACUCAUAGCACCAUUGUUUGUACCGCUAAACAUCCAUGUUUCAAAUUAGAGAAGGUGGAAAUUAAAGCUGAUGAUAUAAAGAAAGAUCCUGUGGUGGUGAUCAGGAGACCUUUCGUGAAAUCAAUGCAGGCAGCCAGUGCUGUGCUGGAGUGUGUUGUAAAUGGUCUUCCCUCUGGUGAGGUCUGCAUCAUCUUCCAGUCCGAUGAUAUUUCAGUCUCAGGUUUAAAUUGUGUGGAUUGGGCCCCUUCUGAAAACAUUUGGUCCUUGGUCACACAUUUUACAAUACCUAGUGAGCACCAGAACAAUGGAAAAACCUUUACCUGUACAGUUCAUAGGCUCUCCAAAUCCUGGCAAUCCAAACCUACUGGAAACAUUUUUGGCGAUCCUACCAUAGAGCUUGCUGUUGUUCCCAGUGUGAGUCGAUCUAGUUUAGACCCACAGAAGCUGCUGUGUUCUGCGACAGGAUUCGACCCGAAAAUCAAGUGGCUUUCAGUAUCUGACGAGAAAACUGGGAGAGCUUUAGACGCUGCAAUAAUGGAAGAUGGACGUGUGAAAGUGUUCAGUGAGAUACUGGUGACACAGCAAGAGUGGAAUCAAGGGAUCACUUGUCAAACUAAAACUAAAACUGCAACUGUUGGGAAAAGCACCAGUAUUUGCACAGUGAUUGCACCAUCCAGUCAGCGGGCAGAGUUCUACCUGGUGGGUCCAUCCCUCAGUAGUGUGAGAUCUGACACCUCUGUCUAUUUGACAUGUUUGGUUGUUGGUCAGAGUGUCAAGUUGUUCUCCAUUCAAUGGAAAGUGAAUGGUAUCGUUCCCAAUCCAAAUGGCCAUGAACAAGAGCCUAGAGUUCAUGACAAUGGGACUGAAAGCAAAGAAAGUAUUUUGAAGGUUUUAGUUACAGAUUGGAAUGCAUAUGCUCUCUUUACCUGUGAGGUUAAGCAUCUGUGCUCAGAUUAUACACAGGAGAAGAGAAUCUCAAAAAUCCGAGACCCCAAACAACCCACUGUGAGAAUCCUCAGACCCUCAGACAGUGAUCUCUCUGGACUCCAAAAUGCCUGCCUUCUUUGCUUGAUCACUGGUUUCUUCCCAUCUGAUAUCUCCGUGCAGUGGCUACUAAAUGAGACACAGCUAGAUGCAUCUCAGUUCACUAACAGUCCUGUGGCUACUCACACGUCAGGAGGUUUUUCAAUGCAUAGUGCCCUAAUGCUGCCUGCAUCAGAGUGGAAGGACGGCACGUUCUCGUGUGUUGUUUCUCAUGAGUCAUCCCAAAAUCCAAUCACCGCCACUAUAGAGAACUUGUAUGCCUCGUUGAUUCGCUCUCCUCCAUCUGUAGAGCUGCUGCAGGGUACUAGUGUGCCUGAGCUAGUGUGCCUGGUAUUUGGUUUCAGCCCACCUGCCAUCAACAUCACCUGGUGGCUAGGUAAGACUGAGGUGUCUGCCCACAGGAUCACUCAACCUGCAAAAGGCCCUGAUGGAAAAUUUAGCAUCCGAAGUCACCUGGAUCUCCAACCUUCAGACUGGGUACCUGGUGAGGUGUACACAUGUGAGGUCACUCAUGUUACUGGUAUCCUGUCGCCUAACAUCUCAACGAAAACAGCAUUAUUUGAAGAGGCUAUAUUUAUGAAUGAGAACAAACCUGAAGCUAUUGCACAGGAUACAGUUGAAGAGGCCUGGAACAUGGCCUGUGCCUUCCUCGUCCUCUUCCUCCUCUCUCUCUUCUAUGGGUGCACAGUGACUUUGGUCAAAGUCAAGCCUACAUGAGCAAUAUUUUGUGUGUGUGCUUAUGUUUUCUAGAUUCCUUUGCUUCUUUGUUGUUGUUGUUUUGUUUAUGUCUUUCAAUUGACAUAACUUUGCAAACAUUAUAUGGUAAGUAUCAGCUUUUGACCUUGU